AUGAAGAGACAAGGAAAGGAUACCAAGAAACGAUCAGCAAAGAAGCAACAAGAUGAAGAAGUUGAAGAACAACAAACUAAAGAAGUGCAAAAGGAGCACUCCGAGUCAUCCGAAGAAACAUCUGAAGAUGAAAAGAAAUCAAAGAAAUCGGCGAAUAAAGACUUCAUAAAACCAACACCAAAGAAAAAAGUUGCUUCAAGUGACUCCGAAAGCGACGACAAAAAAACACCAUCAAAGACUUCAUCAAAGUCGCCAGAGAAUUUUGCUUCACCGGCGAUUCCAGAGUCUCCAAUGCCAGACCAAAACCCGGGAUCCUUUGAUAACACUGAACCUCCAAUUUCUCUCGAAGCACAAGCUAUGCUUAAGGAAAGAGGUAUCACGUCCCUCUUCCCAAUCCAAAUUUCGACAUACGCGCCUAUUUACGAAGGACUUGAUGUUGUUGGAAAGGCCCAGACGGGAAGUGGAAAGACCAUUUCAUUCACUCUUCCAUUAUUAGAGCGUAUGAGAGCGACGAACCCAGCGAGAGAAAAGCUUCCCCGAGUCAUCAUCUUGUCGCCAACAAGAGAACUUGCGACACAAAUUCUUGAGGAAGUUGAGAAGUGUUCUCUUGGCGUGUAUUCUCUACUUUGUAUCUACGGAGGCGUUGAAAUGUUCCCACAGACCUCUAAGCUCAGAAGUGGAGUUGAUAUAGUUGUUGGGACACCAGGGAGAGUAUUGGAUCAUAUUAAUAGAGGGAGUUUGGUACUUUCAAACAUCGAGACUAUCAUUCUCGAUGAAGCAGAUCAAAUGCUGAACAUUGGAUUUAAAGAAGACUUAAAUAAGAUUCUUGAAGCUAUUCACGGCAAUGUGACUGACGAUUCUAAGUCUGGAAAAGAUGGGUAUAAAAAGACUAAUUUGAAUGCAAAUAACAAAGUCAUUCAAACGUUGUUGUUCUCAGCUACUGUGCCCGAUUGGGUCACGGAAGUCUCCGAGAAAUACUUGAGAGAAGACCACGUCAAAAUUGAUGUCACAAGUACGACAACACAGAUGCCAUCGAACGCAAAACACUAUGCUUGCAUGUGCUUCCCAUAUAAUAAAGUCGAGACGAUUGUUCCAUUGAUCAAGACGUAUAACCCUAAUGGUCGAACAAUAGUAUUCUGUGAUACUAAAAAGGAAUGUGGAGACAUUUGCAUCAAAAUUGGAGAGCAUUUAAGUGCACAAAUGAUUCACGGAGACAUCAAUCAGACGUUACGAACACAGACUAUUAAGGGAUUUAAGGAGGACAGAUUCUCUGUGUUAAUUGCGACUGAUGUAGUUGCGAGAGGCAUUGAUAUCAGUGGCGUUGACUUGAUUAUUAUGACCAGAGUACCUAAAGAUAUUCCUCAGUAUGUCCAUAGAGCCGGGAGAACUGCUCGAGCUGGGAAAGAAGGUAUAACUGUCACGUUGUAUACUAUGGCUGAAAUUUCUGCACUUGGAAUGAUUGAGAAGAGCGUCAACUUCAAAUUUGAAAGAAUUGGUGUUCCACAGCCAGAAACGUUAGCACGAUUUGCAGUCUUGGGACUUUCUGGUGAUAUGAAGGAUGUCAAAAAGAGUCUGUACAACGUCCAUAUGGACACGGCGCAACAGGUCUUGGACGAAGAAAAAGACCCCAAAAUUGCUGUUGCGAAGUUGAUUACGUUGUUGUAUAAACCAUCAAGAGGAACAGACUACUCCCUUUUGUGUGGGAAGUCCGAGUUACUCACAGUCUUCUUUAAUACAACAAAAGAGAUCAAGAGCACAAACUACGUGAAAACUUUGGUCAGCACUGUUGUUGGUGUUGGGUGCAUGGACAAAAUCAAAGAGGUCAUCAUCUCUGAGGACCACAAUAUCUAUUUCGAUGCGUUCCCAGAGAUCGCCAGAAAGUUUGUUGAUAUGGCGACAGACAACGACAGAAGUAUUACGGAGUGCUACUUGGCGCAGAAACUCCCGGAGAAACUUGAGAUCCAUAACAGAUUUGGUUCAAGAGACUCGUACGGAAGCUACGGAAGACAAAACGACAGACAGACUCGUUUUGGAGGAUAUGGAAGUAGCAACUAUGGAGACAAAAACAACUCAUAUGGCGAUAGAAAUAAUGGCGAUAGAAGAAGCGGAUUUGGUGGAGGAAGAUUUGGCGGUGAUAGAAACAAUGGCGAUAGAAAUAAUUCAUAUGGUGAUAGAAAUGGCGACCGAAGAAACAGUGGGUAUGGCGAUAGAAACGGACAAAGAGGCUAUGGUGAUAGAGGAAACAGUAGAGACGGAUACAGAGGAAAGAGCAACUUUUGA